CACACACACACACUUCACACAUAAACAUUCAUAAACAUUAAAACCACCACGAGAGAGUUAAAUUUAAUUGUUAUUUAACCUUUGUUUAAAUUUGGAUAAAUAAAAAUGUCGAAAGCAGCAACUCGAAUGAAAACAGUUAAAAAAAUGAUUGAUAAAAUUGAUCAUAGCUCAAAAUUAAGAACAAAUAUACCAGCAGGAUUGGCUAACCCAAGUCCACCACUUGGUCCACAACUUGGACAGAGAAAUAUAAACAUUGCCAAUUUUAUAAAAGAUUUUAAUGAAAAAACAGCACAUAUAAAACAAGGUAUACCACUUCCAGUCAGGGUCAAGGUAUUUCCUGAUAAAACUUAUGAUCUUGUUAUUCAUCAGCCACCAACAACAUAUUUUUUGAAACAAGCUGCUGGUAUUCAAAGAGGAGCCAUGAAUUCUGGUAAUGAGAUUGCUGGAAAAAUAACACUCAAGCAUCUUUAUGAAAUUGCUGUUAUAAAAUCUCAAGAUCCACCAAUGGCACUAUUUACACUUGAACAAAUUGUUCAAAUGUUUGUUGGUAUUGCAAGAACAGUAGGAAUUAAAAUUGUCAAAGAUUUGGAUCCAGAUGAGUAUGCUGAAUUUUUAAAAGAACGUGCAGAAAUUGUAGCUCAACAAAAACAACAAUUACAAGAAGCCAAAGAAGCAAAAAUGCUCAGAACUGGAUAGUCUUAAAAUUAUCAAUUUUAUCUGUACAAUUAUUUUUAAUUAUUACAACAAAAAAAAGAAUAAAAAAUUAAUUUUUACUCGUUACAAAUCCAA